UCUGUUUAAAUCACAGGAAAGACAGGAGCAGCACAAAGCUGCUUUGCAGAUGACAGCAAGAGUUUGUGAGGUUUUUAAUUGUUCAGCUUUUUCAUUGAGCCACCAGACAAAGAGCCUUGUUCAGCUAAGGAAAAGUUGUCUAAUUCUCCAUACUGAAGAGAUAUCAUCAAUGGAGGAAGGGAAGGAGCUGUCUGUCCUGUAUGUACAGGACACAGUAGAAAGGGAAUUGCUGAAGGGUGCCCACACAGCUGAUGAGAGUAUUCCAAGGGAAAGAAAAGAGAAAGAUCCUUAUCGGGAGUAUCCUGAGGAACUGGAACUGCAUGGGAAAUUACCAGGGAUUGCCAAAGCCAAUAUUUUCCAUCAUUCUUCUCAAGGGAACCCCUGCGAGAGUCAGCAUAGACCAGAGAGCAAGCAGGAAGGUUUUCUAGCAAAGAAAUGGUAUAAAUCAACUCAACCUGAAAGAGAUUUCAGCAAACUCCAAAAUGUUAUCAUUCACCACAAAAUCAAUACAGGUGGAAAACCAAACAUAUGUGCUGAAUGUGGCCUUCAGUCGGAGAUCACACCUUGUUAG